AGAUUAAACAUUGAUAGAGCAGCAACCAGGGAGACGCCUGAUAUUCAACCAGAGCAACAGGUGAUCCUCGUUCCCGGGCAUUGUUCGUGAUUGACAACCUGUUGACCAAUCAGUGGAAAGAGACAACCAUAAAUGAACCAAUCGCUUGCGGCGCCUGAGUCAAGAUGGGCGUCAACCAGGACCGCUGAACCGUGGCUCGGUCAGUCAGCUCCACACCGACCAUCGAGCUCCAACAGGCGGUGUGCUCGCUUCACUCUCACCGGGGAGGCGCGUGGAGGUGGGAAUACGCGACAUUAUCGAGCAUUUAAAGGAGAAGGAGUACGGAACCGGAUGAAUAAAACCACUACGGAGGGCUGAGACUGUAGCUGUUUAAAAGGAAGCUGUGAGCUUGGCUCCUCGGCUUCUCUGACACACUGCGUGUUCACCGCAGCCAUCCGACCUCGAGGUUCUCGCUGCUGUCAUUUUGGAUUCUAAACUACCUUGAGGAUUAAAAGUCAGUUCUUCCUCAUGAGGAAAGAUGGGGAAUGGACUCUCCGAACAACCUAGCUUCUUCUCCAGCAUCCCGUUUUUCCAGUCCUACCACAUCGCCAUCCUCGGGCUGGACUCAGCCGGAAAGACCACCGUCCUGUACCGGCUCCAGUUCAACGAGUUUGUCAACACGGUGCCCACCAAAGGGUUCAACGCCGAGAGGGUGCGCGUGUCUCUGGGCGGCCACAGGACCGUGACCUUCCAGUUUUGGGACGUGGGCGGCCAGGAGAAGCUGCGUCCUCUGUGGAAGUCGUAUACGCGAUGCACGGACGGCAUCAUCUUCGUGGUGGACUCAGUGGACGCGGAGCGCAUGGAGGAGGCAAAGACGGAGCUCCAUAAGAUCGCUAAGACCUCGGAGAACCAGGGCGUGCCGGUGCUAGUGGUCGCCAACAAACAGGACUUGAGACACUCUCUGGGACUGGCGGAGAUCGAGAAGCUGCUGGCGCUGAAGGAACUGAGCCCGGGGACGCCGUGGCACCUGCAGCCGGCCUGCGCCAUCAUCGGAGACGGCCUCAGGGAGGGCCUGGACAGACUCUACGACCUCAUCCUGAAACACAGAAAGGCGCUGCGGCAGCAGAAGAAGAAGCGAUAAGGACUCAAGACUGAAGUGAGUCAGGGGUGAAGGACUGAGGAUGUUGUCUUCCACAUCCAACACACAGCUGUCUUUAGGAUUGUCGGCCUGGUGGUGAUGCGGUCUGUCAGGAAGUGAUUCGUAGAGGAAUGCGGUAUGAAGACGAGAACGUUGUAGACGGGUGUGGAUGUAACGGUUUUAUCUGGUUCUGAAGGUUUGCGGUGUGGAAAGGUGAUCAAAGUUUGAUAUUGGAAUGAUUCAUUAAUGUUACUUUUACCAAAAGAUUUGAAAUAUUGAUUAGCGUUAGAAUACCAUUCAUUACAUUUUUUUGUAUUCUAACUUUUUUCUUUUUUCUUUUUUUUUUUACACUACACUUUCAAUGUGAAAGCAAAGUAUUAUUAUUUUUACUGUGCGCAAUGACUGGUUGCUCUCUUUUUACUUUUAUAAAGCACUUUAGAUGAUCACUGCUCGUGGAGUUUACAGUUUGAUAGAAUGGACACUAUUGACUUUGGUAUGCAUCGACAUGUUUGGACACGUGCAACUCGUCAGAAGUAAGCAUUUUUGAUGAUUAAAAACUAUUCAGUGCA